AUAUCAUAUGUUGUCCGCAACGCAUCCCGCCACGCAACAAGCUCCCCAAAUAUCCCACGGUACCACGAUCGUAAACUGCGCUGGGUAUUUCAGUUCACUUCCCACCCAUAGCAGCUAGCUCCGCAUCAUGGCUGCACAGAACAACGACAGCAUGGAGGCGAGUUCAACUGGAGGCCAACCGAUCCAAACUCCAGAAGAAUCUGAGCAACAAUUGAACCCCAGAAGCCCUGAAGGCGAUGAGGCAUCGGUUACUGAGCCAUCUGAUCAAAGGCCUCAUAGCGACACAAACCACAAUGUGGCUGGAUCUCUAACCACACGGCUAAAAGCUAUCGAGCAGAGGAUGCAAGAGUUGGAAGGCCUACCUAGCUCGGAUGAUUCCGACUUUGACUCCGACGAUAUCGAGGAACGGAUUUUUCCAUUCCGUCGUCGUAGAGAGCUCAUUAGAAACAUGGAGUACCUCGUAAAAGAGUCAACACGUGUUUUUAAGCAUUCCAGACGUUUCGACAAAAGGUACGGAAGGUCGGGAGGUAGAAAGAGAACUGAGAACGCUGUGCCUGAUUCAACAGAGGACGACAGACUGGAUCGCGUGGAGGAAUACAGCAAGGCAGCACUCUCCGGUGGCGAGUCGGCCAAAUUGGUCUGGGUUAACUGGGGAACGUUUAUUGACAGGAAUAUCGACAUCGAAGAUACCGUCAUGACUCCGAUCCAAGCUGUUGCUAGCGAGCCAGAACCGCAUAUCGUUCUCUCUGCCAUGAACAGAGCUUUGGCUGUAGGAAAGAAACAGGUUCCAUCGGAAAUCUCCUUAGCCAAGCGAUAUCCGGAGAAAGAGCCACUUCCUGAGAGAAUCCAUCUGCGGUCUCAGGCGCUUUAUGCAAUCAUCAAACGCCGUGUAUCGCGUUCACGUACUCUUGAUCCCUCGUCAGCCUAUCACCUGGUGCUUCUGAGGCCCUAUCGAGUGCUUGUCUACGACGACAAAAAGCUGAGAGAAUACUUGAGUUCCUUGGAGCAAAGUUUUGGGGACCCAAGCAAGCCUUCUGAGGCCUCUCACGCGGUCUCAGGAUCAGAUCCAGCCACGAUAGAAAGCAUCGACGAAGGUCAGAACCGUGCGCAAUUGACCUCCAAUACACCAACAGCUAUCGAUAGACAGAAAGUGCCACAUGAUGACUCUGAUACUGAUACAGAAGACGAGGCAUCAGAUGGAGACAUACAGCCAUUCAUGAGGAACUCCGCCAACGGCCUCUUGCACCUACGUUGUCUGAUAAAUUUCAUGGAUAACAACAUCAAGCCUACACUCGACUACCUCGCCAGCGACAAAUGCAAGGACGUUUACUUCCAUGACCUAUGGCACCUAUUCAAACCCGGUACUGAGAUUAUCGACCAAAUGCAGAAGCAAGCAUAUCGCGUAGUGCGUGUGCAAGCCGCCAGACAUAAGGUCGAACCGUAUCCUUGGUUGAGAUGGUCCAAAGCCACCGAGUCAGAUGAUGAGAUUGAAGAUGAGAGUCUUCUGAAGAUCAACUGCGCCUUCAUCGACUUCGAUGGAAAGCAGUUUGGACCAGUGACAACGACCUUCACAAUCACUCCUUUCAGUGGGCUGCAGGUUGUGACCAAUCUGCCCGUAUAUCCACUCCGAUUAGCGAAGAACCGACAGCUUCGGUCGGACCUUAUCGAGCGUGGGAAGACUUUACUCAGUGUCUCAAAAUUCAGAUCCAUGUAUUACACAGGUCACACUUUGGACAGCAGAGAAGAGGUUGACAGCCAGGUCGUUGUAGAUUUCGAGGAGGCGUUGACUGCAGUAGAGGACUGGACACCAAAGUUUAGCAGUCUCAAACCUACUUCGUCUGGAAUAGUGCAGAGGUGUAAGGCUCCUUGCUGCAAUGGGUUAUCAAUACACGAUGAUGAAUACGUCGAUGCUUAUUUAGCAGAAGACUUCAUCAAGACGUUGAUUCCAGAGGAUACAACAAAGCAAGCUUCAUCUUUGUUGCUGACACCGAGAUCUUUGAGUGAUCCUCAAUCAGGCUCCGGCGACAAGCCAAGUGACGAAGAGCUGGUCGUUAUGACGUUCCGAGUGUUCGGUUUUGUACUGCGCACCCGAAAAUGGGCUAAACUUGACCUGACCUUCCUUAGAGCUGAGAAUGUCGACGCCAACAAUGCGACACGUUCUGCGUUUGACCAGCUUGCUCUACCAGAUGGCCAUCGUGCCAUGGUCAAGUCCCUGGUAACACAGCACUUCCGUGCCCGACAUUCGGCGACAAAAGGAAUAGGAGAAGACGAGCAGUUCGAUCUAAUCCGAGGCAAAGGCAAAGGGCUCAUAAUCCUCUUACACGGCGCCCCGGGGGUUGGAAAGACAACUACGGCUGAGGGGGUCGCGGAGCAUUUCCAAAAACCUUUGUUCACAAUCACAAGUGGUGACCUCGGAACCACCGCUCAAGACGUGGACAAUGAGCUUGGGAAGAACUUCGCUUUGGCGAGCCGUUGGGGAUGCAUCUUGCUUAUCGAUGAAGCCGAGGUAUUCCUGGCUGCGCGAGAGAAGAAAGAUAUCCAGCGUAACGGUCUGGUAGCAGUAUUUCUUCGUGUCCUCGAGUACUACACCGGAAUCCUCUUCCUCACUACCAACCGUGUAGGGGAGUUCGACGAGGCUUUUGCGUCUCGGAUCAACAUGAGUCUUUACUAUCCGGAGCUGAACGAGGAAAAGACCAAGAAGAUCUUUGAUUUGAACCUCAAUCUGAUACGAGAGCGCUUCGCCCAGCAGGGUCGUAAAAUCAUCUACGACGCAUCCUCCAUCGAGAAUUUUGCGGAGCAACACUUUCGGCAGUAUGACUAUUGCCGCUGGAAUGGGCGACAGAUCAGAAACCUAUGUCAAACCGCACUGGCUCUCGCAGAAUUCGAUGCCCAGGGCGGCAACAUGACAGAGGAAGCUGGCAAGAACGUGACGGUUGAGCUGCAGCUCAAGCACUUUAGCACCGUGCAGACUGCCUAUGUACACUUCGCCUUUUAUAUGGGUGAUGUUCGGGGCACUAAAGGAGAUCGGAGGGCUUAUGAUAGCGGCUACAGGGCGAAAAAGGAAGACACGCCGUAUUACAGUCAACCGAACCGCUUGUCUGGAAGAGCCGAGGAGAUGCAUAGGAGUCGCCAACAACCGAGCUCCGUGUCAACACCGCACCACUCGGCCUACGGCGAUCAAUACGAUUCACCGCCAAGUCGGCGACCUCAAGGGCAUCCGUACCGACAGAGUCAGUAUGCAAGAGCCCCGGGAAACCCCCAACAAGAGUAUGAAUUUCCUGGCGAACCACAGAGACAACCGGCUCCAAGGUUCUACGGUCAGGAUGCUCAACAAGAGGCCGUGGCUUACAACACACCCGAACAGCCAUGGGAGGUCCCAAUCGUCCAAUUAAACCAAAGUCCCAGUGGCCGACCUGCUCAAGUUUCCGGACAAUAUCCUCGUAGACAACCACAGCAUAAUCGUGGCGACCUCCAGGGAGCAUCGCAAGCGUACACUGUGCCAGGGGCCGAUGAUCUUGACGACACGUUCAGUCCUCCUGGGCUGCGCGGGGGACCGGGUGUUGGUGCUGGGCGUGGCAUGGGUGGCUUGUUGUGAUAAUGGAGGAAUAGGUCACAAGUUGAGGAGAAGUCGCGGUGGGCGACGUAAAAACGCUCUGACCGAGUUUGCUAAUAGACUCAUCAUCAUCUUGGGCGGAGGUGGUGUGGAACGUAGGGCAGCUGUGGUGUUGCGUGGCGCGGGUUGAGAUUUCUCACGGCAUCAUCGUGAUAAGUCGGGGUUGUUUACCUAAUCAGUCAAUCUCUCUCGAUUUCUUUGCAG